AUGGUUAAGUUUGUGGAUAACCCGAUUGGGCACUGUCGGAUGUGCAUCGAAUCCGACGAGAAAGGUGUACUUGUGGAAUGCUGCGAAUGUGACCGUUGGUUCCACUUGGCAUGCGUGGGACUGAAGGACCCGCCGAGAAGUGAGGACUACUGGACAUGCCAAAAAUGCUACAAGAUUGCAGAAAAUCAGCAAAAGAUGGAAGAAAAACUUAAGAAAUUGGAAGCCCAAGCACAGAACGGAAGGUCAUCUUUGACCUUCCGUUCUGUGGCCCAAGCCAAAGGCAAACGAACACCAUCGUCGGAAAGAACGACAACAACCGAAGAAAUAUUGCGUAUUCAUCAGAAAACUAUGGAGGCUCUCGUUAAGCAGCUCCAAGUUAAACCCGAACCAACUUCAGAUAUCAGUCUGGCCCAACCCAAUCAAAACGAAGAUUGGACAAUCUACCUGAAAAGGCAAGCUCUGGCUGACUUGCCUAGGUUUGAUGGCGCGCCAAAAGAUUGGCCAAAAUUUAAGAAAACAUACGAAGAAACCACAAAAGCAGGAGCUUUUACUAAUCUUGAAAACUUAAACCGGCUGCAGAAGGUUCUGCGUGGAAAUGCCGCAAAAACUGUGAGUCAACUGCUGAUCGACCCGGAGAAUGUCAAGAAAAUAAUCGAAAGACUAGAAGAAACAUACGGUCGACCAGAGGCGAUUUAUAACGAACUUCUCCACGAACUAAUAAAAAUUCGUAAGGAGAAUAAAAGUGCAUUAUUAGAAAUAGCAGAUGCACUGGAUAAUCUCGUGAGUACAAUAAAUGUAAUCAAUUGUGCUCAAUAUCUGAACGACCCUCGUUUGGUCGAUACUAUAGUAAAGAAAUUGCCCUAUAAUAUUCAAAUAAAGUGGGCUGAAGAAUUGAGCAAAGAAAACAUUCAUUGCCCAGAUUUAAAAACACUGAGUGAAUGGAUAAAACCACUCGCCAAAAUUCAGAGGAUGGUUAACCCUUCGAUCGAGAGCUCUGAAAGGAAGUCAAGAGUAAACAUUCACCAAGAUAACCGGAAAAAGUUCUACAACAAAUGUCCAUUUCGCGAAAAGGACCACAAAGUCUAUGAAUGUGAUACAUUCAAAAAAAUGAACACGGAAGCAAGGAGAAAAAUUGUUACACAAAAACGACUUUGCUUUGGGUGUCUAGGAGCAAACCAUCUAAUGAAAGAUUGCGAACGUGCUAGAACAUGUGACAUCGAUAAAUGCCAGGAAAAACAUAGUAGAUGGCUACAUCCGAGAAAUAAGAAAAACGUAGACAAGGCCAACAAAAUGAUGACGACGCCGAAAGAAGAAAUCGUAGAAAAGCUUGUAACCACAGAAAACGCUUCAUCUUCUAACUCUGGAACUACAAAUCACCAUCAAACAUUCAGAAAUAAUAUUUAUUUCCAAAUUAUUCCCAUAACACUUAGAAACAAGGGAAAGGAAGUAAAUACGUUUGCUUUCUUAGACGCCGGCUCAUCACUAACUUUAAUCGAGGAACAAAUUGCUGAUGAUCUCGGCCUAAAGGGACGCUCGAAUCUUCUCAAACUCACCUGGACGCAAAACGUCACCAAGCAAUCGAACAGCAGGCAGGUACAAGUUACACUCGUCGGACCUUCAAAGAAACCAUUUAUCCUGAAGGGCGUAAGAACAAUUGACAACCUCCAGCUACCAAUUCAAUCUCUAGACAUGGAUGCUAUGAAAAAACGAUACGAUCAUCUGAAAGACUUACCCAUUGAAAGCUAUACGGUAGCACGACCAUCAAUACUAAUUGGUCUCGACAACGCGCAUCUACUAAUGCCUAUGGACAGAAGAAUGUUAGACGAGAAUUCUCCUAUGGCUAUGAGAACCAAACUAGGAUGGUUUCUCUUUGGUAACCUCAAGUUGAAUAUCGCACAAGACUAUGUCAUGGCAAUACAGGAAAACGACGAGAUGCGAAACAUGAUGAAGCGGUAUCUCAGCACAGAAGAUUUUGGAGUCAAAACAGUCGAAAGUCUGCCAAAGGGUAAGGAGGACAAAAGAGUUGAAGAAAUAAUCAACGACACACUGAAAUAUCUAGGGAAUAGAUAUGAAAUUGGAAUGCUGUUCAGACAGGACGAUGUCAAAUUCCCUGACACUUACCAAAACGCCUUAAGACGAUUAACUCUGUCAGAGAAAAUGCUUGCGAAAAAUGAGAAACUCAAGCAAUGGGCCAUACUUAACUUUAAAGAGUACGUUGCGAAAGGAUAUGCCAGAAAAUUAACACCAGCAGAAUUACUUACACCUACAAACAAAGUUUACUAUCUACCACACUUUAUCGUCAUAAAUCAAAACAAGAACAAACCAAGAUUAGUGUUUGACGCCAAAGCAGAAGUUAAGGGUGUCUCAUUAAACUCAACCCUUUUACCGGGGCCGGACGCCACAACAUCGAUCUUCGGAAUAUUACUACGUUUUAGAGAAAGAAACAUAGUGAUAAGCGGUGACAUCCAGGAAAUGUUUCAUCAAGUAAGAAUUCGUCCGGAGGAUCAGCACGUACUACGCUUCUUAUGGAGAGAUUGCGAUACAUCAAAACCACCGGAAGUAUACGUCAUGAUGAUUAUGAUAUUUGGCGCCACCUGUUCACCGGCCUGCGCUCAAAUAGUAAAAAACUUUAAUGCGAAAAAAUUCGAAAAAACUCACCCCGCCGCAGCAACCGCUAUUGUAAAACAACACUACGUCGACGAUUACCUAGACAGCUUCCACACUCAAGAACAAGCAGUUCAAACAGUCAACGAUGUUAUAACAAUCCACGAAAAGGGAGGUUUCUUCAUAAGAAACUUCAUAUCAAACAAAUGCGAGUUACUUCACUCACUCCCCGAAAACCGGUUAAUGGAUUCAAACAAGAAAGAUAUAACUGACAAAGAGUCUCACGUAGAAAGGGUCCUAGGGCUACACUGGAAUACACAACACGAUUAUUUUAGUUACCAACUAAGGUUGGAUAAACUAAAUGCAGAAGCAUUAAAAACGUUAAACACACCGACAAAAAGAGAAGUACUUUCAUUCGUGAUGAGUAUCUAUGACCCGCUCGGAUUAAUAUCGCACAAAAUUAUAGAAGGAAAAAUAAUCCUCCAAGAAUUACAUAAGGAAUCGAUGGAAUGGGACGACACAAUCACGUCACGCAUUCUGCCCCGAUGGCGAAAUUGGAUCAGUACGUUAAAACUGAUGGGAAAUCUAAAAAUCCCAAGAAGUCUUCACAUAAAAAUCGGAGCACCUCUAGAACUCCACACGUUCGUAGAUGCAAGUGAAAAUGCGUUUGCCGCAGUAAUUUACAUAAAAUGCGGAAAUACCGUUAGCCUUGUGGCAGCUAAAUCGAGAGUAGCACCUAUUAAAACACUUUCAAUACCACGAUUAGAGUUGCAAGCAGCUGUGCUAGGCUCCCGGCUAGCAGAAACAAUAGUAAAUGAAAUACGUCCGACAAUAUCAAAAAGAAUAUAUUGGUCUGACUCGCAAACAGUCUUAGCAUGGAUUCGAUCUGAUCAUCGUAAAUAUAAGCCUUUCGUGGACCACCGCAUAGGAGAAAUUCUAGAUACAACAACCGUACAACAGUGGCGUUGGGUCCCAUCGCUGCAAAACCCAGCUGACGAAGCAACGAAGGAAGUGAAAAGAAAAUCUAUUUGGAUAAAUGGACCUGGAUUCCUGCAUUUUCAGGAAAACAACUGGCCUACGCAAAAACCAAUUGAAGAAACCUCAGAAGAAUCUAAGGAUAUAUUAGCACUACAUAUAACAACAGAAAUACAGCAAUAUGAUUUCAUACGAGAAAACCGCUACUCAAAUUACUGGAAACUAGUUCAACACCUAUGUAUACUACAGAAAUUUGUCAAUUGGAUCGCAGAAAGGAAACAUUUCAUAAAAGCUAUAAACAGAAAUGAUCGAGACAUCGUCGAAAAUACGCUUUACAAAAAGGCCCAAUGGGAAGCAUUUCCUGUCGAAAUGAUGGACCUAACUAAAAAUAAACAAUUAACCAAGCAAGGUCCUUUAUCAAGCCUGUGA